CUCCAGUUGCUAUAAAAGUAUAUUAAAACGAACGUCAACAAACAUAUGCCACGAAAGAAAAUAUUCCGAUUUGAGGGAAUAUGAUUUAGUUAAAAGACCACUGGCACAGAGUACCCAACCCUUUCAUCCAGACAUCAGACCAAACCAAAAGCAGUACGAGGACAUCAUCGAGAAACUAGGGGAAAAGCUCUGCGCUUGAGUGACGUGGACCUGGGACAUUUGUUGUUAUUCGUUGGUGAUUAGGAAAAACAGCAUGUCUGCCAUAAGGAGGAAGCCAACGGGCAGCCAUGUCGACCAGGAUUUGCUCAUCGAGGAGCACCCUAAGCUGGACAAGGAGGCGGAGCACCAAAAACCCGACAUUCGCGGGGAUCGGAGGAACAUAGCCAUACUCUUGUUUCUGUAUGUGCUGCAGGGAAUACCCAUUGGCCUGAUAGCCGCCAUUCCCAUGCUGCUGCAGAACCGAGGAGCCAGCUACAAGCAGCAGGCGGAGUUCUCCUUCGCCUACUGGCCCUUCAGCCUGAAGCUGCUGUGGGCUCCCAUUGUGGACUCCCUGUACAUCCGACGAUUUGGUCGGCGGAAAUCCUGGCUAGUCCCAGUGCAGUACCUACUGGGCGCCUUCAUGCUGCUCCUCUCUGUCCACGUUGAUCGCUGGCUGGGCGGGAAUGGUGUGGACCCAAAUGUUCCGCUGCUGACGCUGCUCUUCUUCCUGCUCAACUUCCUGGCCGCCACCCAGGACAUCGCCGUCGAUGGCUGGGCCCUGACCAUGCUGAAGCGAUGCAAUGUUGGCUAUGCCUCCACCUGCAAUAGUGUGGGCCAAACCGCCGGCUAUUUCCUGGGCUAUGUGGUGUUUAUUGCUCUGGAGUCCAAGGAUUUCUGCAACACCUAUUUGCGAGAUGUGCCACUGGAUGAUGGCAUGAUCACGCUGCCCCGCUUCCUUUGGUUCUGGGGCAUCACGUUUGUGGUAGCCACCACUUUGGUGGCCAUUUUCAAGAAGGAGAACGACAUUGAGGACGCCCACAUGGACGCACGCUACACGGAAGAGCACGAGCUGAACAUUCACGAGAGCUACAAGAUCCUGUGGGACAUGGUGCGCAUGCGUCCUGUCCAGAUCCUGGCCGUGAUCCUGCUCACCGUGAAGGUCACGUUUGCCGCCUCGGAUGCAGUGACCAGCCUAAAGUUGAUUGAUGCCGGGGUGCCCAAGGAUAAGCUGGCCUUGCUGGCCAUUCCACUCAUUCCGCUGCAGCUUAUCUUGCCGCUGGCCGUGGGUCGCUAUACGAAUGGACCCCGCCCCAUGGACGUCUAUCUGAAGGCCAUUCCCUACCGCAUCAUCAUGGCCACGGUGGCCACUGGGCUGGCCUACAUCACACCCUAUAUUAUCCGUGGAGGAACAGUGCCCGUCUACUACUACGUCCUGCUGGUCACUAGCUAUGCCAUCUACCAAGUAUUCCUGUACUCCAUGUUCGUGGCCGCCAUGGCGUUCUUCGCCAAGAUCUCCGAUCCCGCUGUGGGUGGCACCUACAUGACAUUCCUCAACACGCUGUGCAACCUGGGCGGUAAUUGGCCCAACACCGUGGUGCUGUGGCUGGUGGACGUGCUCACCUGGAAGCAGUGCUCCACUGAUGCGGAAAACACCUGCCUGGGCAAGGAGGAGCAGCAGAGCUGUGAAGCGUCGGCUGGCAAGUGCGAGAUCGCCUUCGAUGGCUACUACUUGGAGUCGGGCAUCUGCGUCGUCUACGGCAUCGUUUGGCUGCUGCUGGUGCGCAAAUGGAUAGUCUAUCUGCAGGACCUGCCCGUGCGAUCUUGGCUGGUGGUCAAGCAGAAGGCGCGGUAGCAAUCAAUAGUGUGAUCCGGGGCCAGAUCCCCAAGGGGAUCCAGCACCGACCCGUAGGUACAAACAACUAAUUCUAGGAUUAGCAGACGUUUGCAUUCUGUAGGCUAGCGAAAGUUUAUAAAUUCCCGCCUUCGUAUUGUUUUUGUAUAACUGAAAUUAAUUCCAAUGGAAAUAAAAUCAAAUGUUGAAUUGAGCGAA